GUCUGUUCCCAUGUGCCUGUUCCGAGUCCUCAUGUGUCCUUGUAUUUGUCCUUUUGUCUAAGUUCCUGUCUGCAUCUGUGUCCCUGUGUCUGUGUCUGAGCCUGGCUCUGUCAUUCCUCUCUAAAUGCGUGCCCUGGUCCUUGUGUCUGUCCCACCCAGUCAGGGGCCUGGUGACCCCUUUUCUGCAGCCUCUCCUCCAGCCUGUGCAGCCCCGCCCCCUCGCGGCAGCCUCUCCCGCCUGUCUGCAGCCCCAGCCAGACCCCGGCUGCUCAGGCAGAAGCCGCAGCCUUGCUGCUCGUGGGCCAGGGUCAGGUCUCCACGGCCCCAGCUCCCACGGGGGUGCCAAGGUACCGAGUGGCUGCGCAGGCAGGGCAGCAGCAUGGAGUGCCUCUUCCCCACCCCGCCCGGAGAGGUCUACAGCAGUGACCUGCAGGAUGGCCUCGUGAGCCCCAACCACAGCCUGCUGCCCCCUGACCUGCUCCUCAAUGUCAGCCAUGGGGCCUUCCUGCCCCUCGGGCUCAAGGUCACCAUCGUGGGGCUCUACUUGGCUGUGUGUGUCGGGGGGCUUCUGGGGAACUGCCUCGUCAUGUAUGUCAUCCUCAGACACACCAAGAUGAAGACAGCUACCAACAUUUACAUCUUUAACCUGGCCCUGGCAGACACCUUGGUGCUGCUGACACUGCCCUUCCAGGGCACAGACGUGCUCCUGGGCUUCUGGCCAUUUGGGAAUGCCCUGUGCAAGAUUGUCAUUGCCAUCGACUAUUACAACAUGUUCACCAGCACCUUCACGCUGACCGCCAUGAGCGUGGACCGUUAUGUAGCCAUCUGCCACCCCAUCCGUGCCCUCGAUGUCCGGACGUCCAGCAAGGCCCAGGCUGUCAAUGUGGCCAUCUGGGCCCUGGCCUCUGUCGUCGGCAUCCCGGUGGCCAUCAUGGGCUCAGCACAGGUCGAGGAUGAAGAGAUCGAGUGUCUGGUGGAGAUCCCUGCCCCGCAGGACUACUGGGGCCCCCUGUUUGCUGUCUGCAUCUUCCUCUUCUCCUUCAUCAUCCCCGUGCUCAUCAUCUCCAUCUGCUACAGCCUCAUGAUCCAGCGGCUGCGUGGUGUCCGCCUGCUCUCAGGCUCCCGAGAGAAGGACCGGAACCUGCGGCGCAUCACGCGGCUGGUGCUGGUGGUGGUGGCAGUGUUUGUGGGCUGCUGGACACCUGUCCAGGUCUUCGUGCUGGUCCAAGGACUGGGAGUUCAGCCGGGCAGUGAGACGGCGGUAGCCAUCCUACGUUUCUGCACAGCCCUCGGCUACGUCAACAGCUGCCUCAACCCCAUCCUCUACGCCUUCCUAGAUGAGAACUUCAAGGCCUGCUUCCGCAAGUUCUGCUGCACAUCUGCACUGCGCCGGGAGGGGCCGGGGUCUGACCGUGUGCGCAGCAUGGCCAAGGAUGUGGCCCUUGCCCGCAAGACCUCAGAGAUGGUGCCGAGGCCUGCAUGACUAGGCGUGGACCUGCCCAUGGUGCCCGUCAGCCCGCAGAGCCCGUCAACACCCAACACGGAGCUCACCCAGGUCACUGCUCUCUAGGCUGAUGCACAACCUGACCCCUGAGUCUCACCAGACUCUGGGAGCUUCUCUGUGACCCCAAGGGCCUGAUGACAUCAUGGGACCCAUUGCUUAGGGCUGCCCCGUGGCCCCAGUCACACUAAUCUGGGGGUGUGUGUGAACUCACCAAUGAGUGAGCCUGGCCAGACCUCAUGGACACACCCACGAUUCAUGGGACUCCAGGCCUCCCCGCUACUGCACCCGCGGGCCCCGGGUGGGCACAUCUGGAGGCGGAACACAUCUGGUGUGCAACCCGAGGGCCUGUGAUGUGUGUGGGCUGCGUGAGGGCAGUGGGACUGGCCCAGAGCUGGGAGCUGCUGACGUGGACUUACCCGAGUGCCACUGGUGCCGCCUGCGAGUCCCCCACAUCCACGUCCCUCCAGCCCUCAAGGAGCCUUUCCCUUCAGACGCUCAGUGAACUCAUGCGCUGCAGCUGCGGGGCCACGUGUGCAGAGCUGGCUUGGGCUGCAGGGCGGGCAGGGCCACCGCAGGCUGCUCUGUCCGUCAUUCGUGAAGUGGCCCUGUGUACCUGGUCUUGACUGCUUGAUGCUGAGGGCCCCUGCCUGGGGCCCCUGUGCCCUCCUGGGGCUCUCUCCCUCACAGUCUCUCCUUUUCUUGAAAUCAGAUGUCCCCAGCUGUGCUGCUGGCAGGACCCUGUGCCCUCCUUGGGUCUGGGUGGCCUUGAAAGAGUGGCAGUUAGGAUGGGUUUUGCUCUGCACUGGCAGUGACUGACCUAUUGCCUCAUUUCCAAGCCUCCGGUGUCUAUGGGGAGGCCUGAACUUUUGGUGCCAAACCAGAGGGUAGUUUCACCUUGGGAGCUGGUGAGAGGUGGGGCUUGGCAGGGCCUGCUUGAGUGAUGCUGUGAGAACCGUCUGGGCUGUGGGGCACCGGUAGGGGUGUCUCCCUAGUGUGGUCACCAGAGAAGCCCCCACCUGCCCCAGCCUGAAGAUGGAAGCUGGAGCUUGGUGACUUUGCAAAUAGCCCUGCAACAUUGAAAAGAUGAUUUUGCCUCCACCUGUGAGCUGAGCUGCAGCCCUGGGCCCGGUGACUUAAGCCCCUGGGAAGCAAGGACCUGCGACUGGCUGCGGCACCCUGGCCCUUGAGGCUGAGCGCUUUCUUGCUGAGACAGAGACUCAUGAACUUGUGCCUGUGCCCCCUGUGCCCGUGUACUUACACAUGUGCCAAGUGAGCCCUGCCUGCGACCCGCCCGAGCCUCUCCUGCCCCUCCCUCUAGGCCCACUCCUCCUGGUGGCGUUUCUGACUCCUGCAGGGUGGGCUGUUGGGGUAACUUCUCUGGGAUUAGCAUGUGUGGUCCUCCCACUGGCUUUGAGCUCCUCACCAGUCCUCCCCGCCCCCCCUGCCCCGCUCCAAUGUUGGGAAGGGGUGCGACUAGUUCAUGUGUUGGGGCUGUUACCUUUUAUUCAGGACAAAUAGUUUCUCCAUGAACAACAGCCUGCUUCUCUCUCUCUCCUGCAGUGGGAGGUUCCCUGGGGAUCCAGUGUGUGGGGUGGGCUCCUCCCACAUGGGUAUGGCUUCUCAGCACCCCAGCCCUGCUCUCCUUCCUGGAGCAGCUCUGAGGGGUGUGAGGGUGACCAUGGGCUGAAGUGCUUGGUCAAGGCCAGCGGGCCAAGGUGCAGUUUUACACGUUUCAAUGACCGGCACUCUGCUCUUAAAAUAAACAUUUAGCAUCAAGGGAAAGUGUGGGAGGAACAGGCAGUUAGGCAAAGGGCACUUGAGUGGUGUGUCCACAGGCUGUGUGUCCAGGGCGACUCCACAGAGACUCCACUGACCAGCAGGGAGCACUGGGCCAGGCAGGCGUGAGGGGUGGGCAGUGCCAGGGGAUCUCCAAAGUGGGCCAUCCCCCCCAGCUAUCCAGGGCUGAGCCCUGUCUGCACUCCUGGCCCUACCUCCAACCCUGAUCCCCCAGGCUCCACCCACCCCUACCUCCCCCCACAUUCAAUCGACAGCUCUCCCACCUUCAAUCCUUGUCCCACCCCCUUCCCCAUUAUAGUUCUGAUCUCCCCACAUUCACCUCCAUCUCAAGCCCCACCCCCUAGCCCCCCAAACCGCCUGUCUCCAGGCUGCAGCCCCAGCCCCUGGUCUGGUCUCUGGGCUCCUCUAAGUGCCCCUUUCUCAGUUGAGCCCAAAGGUUGACCCUCCCCUUCGGGGCUGUGGGGGUGGCCCAGCCUUGGGAAAGGGAGCUGUGGACCCACCCACUUGGAGCUUGCCCGUCAGGGCUGCUGUGGCUCUGGUAUGCCUUGCCAAGGGGUGAGCCGGGUGUUGCUGACUGGGGUCUGGGCAAUGGCUGUGGUAUUUGGGGACCAGAAGGGGAGGGCCGGCUUCUCCCAGGGACCAGGAGCCCAGAGCAUGGGCACCGUCCCUGUCCGUGCCUAUGCCCAUCUCAGGGAGUCACUGUGGAGGUGGGAGACCAGCAU